AUGGGAUUCGAGAGCUCUUCAUCAGCUGCAAGCAACAUGAAACCUCUCGGUGGCGAUUCAAGACCUCAGAGAUCCAAUACUGCUCAAUACUCCGUCGACGCUGGCCUCUUCGCUGAUUUCGACCACUCCGUUUACUCCGGCAAGUCUUUCAACUACACCAAAUCUGUGAUUUCCCCUGCUAACAACGUUCCCGAUGAACACAUCACUGCUUAUCUGUCUAACAUCCAAAGAGGCGGUCUUGUUCAGCCCUUUGGCUGUUUAAUCGCCGUGGAAGAGCCUAGCUUUAGGAUACUUGGUGUUAGUGAGAACUGUAUUGAGUUUCUGGGUCUGUCUCUUGCUUCGAGCUCUCAAUCUAGCGACCUCAAGAUCAAGGGUUUGUUUGGAAUCGAUGCAAGGACGCUUUUUUCGCCUUCUUCAGCAGCUUCUCUGGCUAAAGCUUCUUCCUUUACUGAGAUUUCGCUACUGAAUCCGGUUCUGGUCCAUUCCAAGACGACCCAGAAGCCCUUUUACGCUAUUCUCCACAGGAUCGAUGCAGGGAUUGUGAUUGAUUUGGAGCCUGCUAAAUCCGGUGACCCGGCUCUGACUCUUGCCGGUGCUGUUCAGUCUCAGAAGCUCGCCGUCAGAGCGAUUUCUCGGCUGCAGUCGCUUCCCGGAGGAGAUAUUGGUGCUCUAUGUGAUACUGUUGUGGAAGAUGUUCAGAGACUCACCGGUUACGACCGUGUUAUGGUCUAUCAGUUUCAUGAAGAUGAUCAUGGUGAAGUUGUUUCCGAGAUCAGAAGAUCUGAUUUAGAGCCUUACUUGGGUUUGCAUUACCCUUCAACAGACAUUCCUCAAGCCGCUCGGUUCUUGUUCAAGCAGAACCGUGUCCGUAUGAUCUGUGACUGCAAUGCAACUCCGGUGAAAGUUGUUCAGAGUGAGGAGCUCAAGAGACCGCUUUGUUUAGUCAAUUCUACACUAAGGUCUCCUCAUAGCUGCCACACUCAGUACAUGGCUAAUAUGGGAUCUAUAGCUUCUCUUGUACUCGCUAUUGUGAUCAAAAGCAAGAACUCAAGCAAGCUUUGGGGGUUAGUUGUUGGUCAUCACUGUUCUCCAAGAUACGUUCCUUUCCCGUUACGGUAUGCUUGUGAGUUUCUCAUGCAAGCAUUUGGACUUCAGCUGCAAAUGGAGCUUCAGUUAGCAGCACAGUUAGCUGAGAAGAAGGCUAUGCGGACGCAGACGUUGUUGUGCGAUAUGCUUCUCCGUGACACUGUUUCAGCUAUUGUGACACAGUCUCCUGGUAUUAUGGACCUUGUCAAGUGCGAUGGAGCGGCUUUGUGUUACAGAGGGAAGUGUUGGCUUGUUGGUGUGACUCCUAAUGAGUCACAAGUUAAAGAAUUGGUGAAUUGGCUUGUGGUGAAUCACGGUGAUGACUCGACUGGUUUGACAACGGAUAGUCUUGUGGAUGCUGGAUAUCCUGGUGCCGUUUCGCUUGGGGAUGCGGUUUGUGGUGUGGCUGCAGCGGGGAUCUCUGCGAAAGAUUACUUGAUUUGGUUCAGGUCGAACACUGCGAGUGCUAUCAAAUGGGGAGGAGCUAAACAUCAUCCUAAAGAUAAAGAUAAUGACGGAAGAAUGCAUCCGAGGUCGUCUUUCAAGGCGUUUCUUGAAGUUGCCAAAAGCAGGAGCUUGCCUUGGGAAAUCGCUGAGAUCGAUGCUAUUCAUUCCCUGAGGCUUAUCAUGAGAGAGUCGUUUACAAGCUCAAGGCCUGUGUUGUCGUCUGGUGGUGGUAAUGUUGCCGGGAGAGAUGCUAAUGAGCUUACUUCUUUUGUUUGUGAGAUGGUUAGAGUGAUUGAAACCGCGACCGCGCCUAUCUUCGGGGUUGAUGCGUCUGGAUGUGUCAAUGGUUGGAACAAUAAAACCGCUGAGAUGACGGGGUUGCUAGCUAGUGAAGCCAUGGGGAAGUCACUCGCUGGUGAGAUUGUUCAAGAGGAGUCACGUGGAGAUCUUGAAAGUCUCUUGUGCAAAGCCCUACAAGGUGAGGAGGAGAAAAAUGUAAUGCUGAAACUGAGAAAGUUUGGCCACAACAAUGAUUCUUCUUCUGAUGUGUGUGUUCUUGUGAACUCCUGCACGAGCCGGGACUAUACAGAGAAAGUCGUCGGUGUCUGCUUCGUUGGCCAAGACAUGACUAGUGAGAAAGCAAUAACAGAUAGAUUCAUCAGACUUCAAGGAGACUACAAGACUAUAGUUCAGAGCUUAAACCCGUUGAUUCCACCGAUAUUUGCCUCGGACGAGAACGCUUGUUGCUCGGAGUGGAACGCAGCCAUGGAGAAGCUCACCGGGUGGUCGAAACACGAGGUGAUUGGGAAGAUGCUGCCCGGUGAAGUGUUCGGAGUUUACUGUAAAGUGAAGUGCCAAGAUUUACUCACAAAGUUCUUGAUCUCUCUGUACCAAGGCAUUGCUGGUCAUGAUAAUGUUCCAGAGAGCUCGCUGGUUGGGUUCUUUAACAAGGAAGGGAAGUACAUAGAAGCUUCGUUGACCGCGAACAAGAGUAUUAACGCCGAAGGGAAAGUUAUCAGAUGUUUCUUCUUCUUGCAGAUCAUCACUGGAGAAUCAGGUUUGAGCUGUCCAGAGCUUAAAGACAGCGCCCAAAGCCUCAACGAGUUAACUUACAUAAGGCAAGAAAUCAAGAACCCUCUCAACGGUAUCAGGUUUGCGCAUAAGCUUCUUGAGUCCUCAGAGAUUUCGGAGAACCAAAGGCAGUUUCUGGAGACUAGCGAUGCUUGUGAGAAGCAGAUCGCGACAAUAAUCGAAGGCACAGACUUGAAAAGCAUAGAGGAAGGAAAGCUGCAACUGGAAACAGAGGAGUUUCGAAUCGAAAGCAUCUUGGACACAGUCAUUAGCCAAGUGAUGAUUAUGUUGAGAGAGAGGAACUCACAACUCAGAGUUGAAGUCGCCGAGGAGAUCAAAGCUCUGCUUCUCUAUGGUGACAAAGUAAAGCUUCAGCUCAUUCUUGCUGAUCUUCUGCGCAACAUUGUGAAUCAUGCUCCGUUUCCAGAUAGUUGGGUAGGAAUCAAGAUCUCACCAGGCAACAAGCUUGCGAGCGGCAGUGAUCGCUCUGUCCACCUACAGUUCAGGAUGAUACAUCCUGGGAAAGGACUUCCUUCAGAAAUGCUUAGUGAUAUGUUUGACACUCGAGAUGGAUGGGUCACGCCUGAUGGGUUAGGACUUAAGCUUUCAAGGAAACUGCUGGAGCAGAUGAAUGGUCGUGUGAGUUAUGUCCGUGAAGACGAACGUUGUUUCUUUCAAGUGGAUCUUCAAGUCAAGACAAGGUUAGGUGUAACAGAGGCUAGUUCAAGCAUAAAGUAG